AUACAUAAAGCGUUGAUGCACGGGAGGAGACGCGCGGGGAACGGGCCCCGGCAGGCGCAGCCGCCCUCCCCUCUCACCGCCGCGGCGCUGCCCGGCAGAGACCCUACGAUCUUCAUCGCGCUCACGCGCAUGUUUUGCUAUCGAUUAUUCGAUAUUUGUAAUUUUUACGAUGUAACCAUUUUAAUACAUAUGGAAAAAAUCUAAUGUGUUGGAGUGUCAUUUCAACGUUACCCAAGUACCAAUAUCUGAUGGCAAAAAGAAGAACUCGGCAGCUUUCGGCGGAAACAUCUUGGUGACCCCGACGUGAUCUAUCUAGAAACUUCGACGACGCCACUCAUCGAAACUUGUGGUCACAGACACCGAGCGGUUGAAUUGAAAGUUCAAACCUGAGCAACGAAAUAUUUGAAGAUAGGUAUUCGUUGUUGGUGGUUGUUUGUGACGAAAGUGUACCAGGUUUAAGUUGGUGUAAAGUAUAUGCAGUAAUAAAAACGUUUCCUACGUUUCGUGUUCCACGGGAUCGUCGCGAGUCCCGCAAGUACGUGCGUCAAGUACCUACGAGUAUCUUGGCGGCUGGGGACGCGUCACAGAUCACCUCCCCUAGAUGCUGUGCCCAUUGAAGGACUAGCUGGUCAGAUCUUGCACUUUUAUUUUAUUUAAGUUUACGUUGGUUUUAAACUCGUUGUUUGCGUUUAUAAUAAAGUGACAAUGACUGAGUCGGAACAAAAAUUAGCUGUUUUGAGACAAAAGCGCAGCAGCAUCAAAGGGCAAAUAACAAAGUAUGAAAAUUACGUGUCUAGUUUUAAAUCAGAAAAUGCAACAACGUUACAAACUCGUGAAUUUCAGAUUAGAUUAACUAAAUUUGAAGAACUGUCAACAAAGUUUGAUGACAUUCAGUCACAAAUCGAAGUAUUUGUAAUGCCUUCAGAGCUUGAAGGUGAAAUUGAGGAACGCGAACGAAUCGAAAGUAAGAUUUGUAAUUUAAUUGCUACCUCCGGGAUCAUAUUGAGCCCCGUAGAAGAUAAUGACGCGGCUUCCUCACAUUUAUCCGUCAGGUCUAAUGAUGGUGCUGCGUUUGGUCAUUACCAACAAAUAAAAUUACCAACAAUCAAGCUACCUACCUUCGACGGAGAUCAUCUAAAAUGGCUGGAAUUUCGGGAUAUGUUCGAAUCGCUAAUCCACGACAAUGAUCAUAUUCCUCCCAUGAAUAAGUUUCAUUACUUACGCUCUUCCCUCGAAGGUGGUGCUGCUGUCGCAAUAAAGUCAAUUGAUUUUACGGCAAAUAACUACAAUUUAGCAUGGGAACUGUUAUGUGAGAGGUUUAAUAAUAAAAGAAUUUUGAUCAAUAAUCACUUAAAAUCUUUGUACAAUUUAGAAGCAUUUACAAAGGAAUCGCAUACUUCAUUAAGGCUCAUGAUUGACCACGUUUCAAAAAACUUGCGUGCAUUAAGUAGCUUAGGUGAGCCUACUGAGCACUGGGACACACUGAUCAUAUUCAACAUGUCCUCAAAAUUGGACGCCGCCACAGGUCGCAAAUGGGAGGAACAUAGAAGUACCUUGUCAGACUUAGUAACUUUAAAGGAGUUCUAUCAGUUUUUGCGCGAUCGAGCAGAUGUACUAGAAACAAUACAAUAUAGUAAAGUAGAUGCAGGUCGUAUCGAGCGUCCCACAAUUAAUAAAAAUUCGUCAGGUAAACAAACAAAAUUGCUUCAUGUUGCGUCAACGAAUGGUAAUAAAGUUCAAUGUGCUUUAUGUCAGCAAGACCACAGGCUUGAGUACUGUCCUAAUUUUAAAGUAAUGAACCCAGAGUCAAGGUUAAGUACUGUGAGGCAGUUGAAAUUGUGUGUUAACUGCUUCCGGCCGGGUCAUCACCAGUCUCGUUGCCGCAGGGGUCCGUGCACCAUCUGUAACAGAAAACACAAUGCAUUAGUACAUAUACAGCAUAACAGUAGCAACAACAAUGAAGCAAAUAGUAACAAUAAUUGUGAUAAUCGUCAGGACAAUUCUGUAGAUAAGGUAGAUACGCCUCGCAAUGAUGGGCAAACCAGCGAGCAGCCGAAAUUACCUAAUCCUUGUGUGCGUGUUAAUGCUGCUUUGUGCGGGGAAGUAUUGUUGUGCACGGCAAUCGUAGACAUAGUUGGUCCAUAUAAUACAGUCCGCGCGCGUGCUGUUUUGGACAAUUGUAGUCAGUCAUCGUUUAUCACUGAAAAGUUAAAAAACAUGUUAAACCUACCGGCAUCUGAUGAAGAUUACAUUACCAUUUGUGGAAUCAAUGACAACGACUUUGAUAUUCCUCAACGUCAUUGUGAGAUAAGUGUCAAGUCAAGACUUAAUUCAUUUAAUACAUCGGUGUCAUGUCUGGUUAUACCUAAACUUACGGGCACUCUCCCGAACGCGCCUGUAGACUACACUAAGCUCAAUUUGCCUGAAAAUAUAGAACUUGCAGACCCAGACUUUUUCCGUCCCUCUAAUGUUGACUUGCUUCUCGGAGGUGACGUGUUCUACGACUUGGUGGAAGAAAACCUCGUCAAGUUAGGAAAAAAUAAACCUACAUUAGUAAAAUCGCACUUUGGUUGGUUAGUUGCCGGACCGAUCGGUGAACGCACCCAUAAAACCAGUAAAAAUAUAAAAUGUAAUUUCACUCGAGAAAUAAAAGAUAGGCUUUCCAUGUUCUGGGAACUCGAAGAGAUACCCACAAAAUACAAACUCUUGUCUAGCGAUGAACAAUUCUGCGAAGAUCAAUUUAAUAAUGAUGUUACUCGGCUUCCCGAUGGCAGAUUUUCCGUGAAAAUGCCACUCAAGGCGUCACCAGAGCAAAGUCUUGGUGAUUCUCACUGUAUCGCAAAAAGACGUUUCUUUAAUUUAGAAAGAAAAUUACAAAGUAAGCCUUAUAUUAAACAAAUGUACAUGGACUUCAUUCAUGAGUAUGAACAGCUGGGGCAUUUAACCAAGGUCCCACGACCGGACUUUGGCUACGUUCUUCCUCAUUAUGCAGUGAUCAGAGCUCAGCCUAAGACUGUCGUUUGCAACCGCAUACAGGAAAUUUGCGAUUUAACAGAUAAACAUGCAUGGAGACACGUACCUACCGACCACAAUCCGGCGGAUCUAGCAUCAAGGGGUAUCAAGUGUCAGGAAUUAAAUGGGAAUACUCUCUGGUGGACUGGGCCUGCCUUUCUUCUUCAAGGAGAUAAUGCAUGGCCGGAAAUGACGUCCAUUGAAGAUGACAUACCUGAAACAAAAACAAACUUAAAUAUAAAAGUUAAUCAUUCCCCUACGGUGGUAGAUUUUAACAAAUAUUCUAAAUUAAGCACUUUAAUAAAUAUGUUCGCCGAGCUACAACGUAUGCUUAAGGCAAGCCAAGAGCCCGUCAAUGGGUUCGCAUUCAGCAACGGCAUAGAUUUUAAAUUCAGUCCGGCAUAUUCUCCCAAUUUCGGGGGUUUAUGGGAGGCGGGAGUUAAAGCCGCGAAAUUUCACCUUAAACGUGUAGUAGGAUCUUCUAACUUAACCUUUGAGGAGUUAACCACACUGUUCACUCAAGUAGAAGCUAUAUUGAAUUCGCGGCCGUUGACACCUAUGUCUUCCGACCCAUCCGAUCUCUCACCGCUUACACCUGGUCACUUCCUGAUCGGGCGGCCAUUGGCUUCGUUGCCAUCUCCGCCUACACAGAAGAUGAACUUCAACCGCUACCAUCAUCUUGAAGCCCUUAGACAACACUUCUGGAAGCGAUGGACUCGGGAGUUCCUUUCUGAUCUUCAACAGCGUGUGAAAUGGAGAGCCACAGGACAAGGGGUCAAACUUGGGGACCUAGUUAUUCUCAAAGACGACAACUUACCGCCAUUGAAGUGGAGUCUUGGCCGCGUCGAAACUCUGCACCCAGGAUCCGACGGCGUCACGAGAGUUGUAGACGUCCGAACAGGAAAAGGGCUAGUUCGACGAGCUGUUUCUAAGCUCUGUCCCCUACCUUCUAACCAAGAAGACGAUGACCAAGCAACGAUCUUGAAACCAGGAGGUUUCAAGGCCCCGGAGGAUGUUAACGCCAAUACAUAA